GAUGACGAAAGACAAGAAGAAAAUAAUUUCGUUGCAAUAAAAUGUGGAUUGCAAACAAUACUUCGACCCGAGCAUGCAGCAGUUGUGACGCAAAUAUUGUUUGAGCGCAGUCUUCAAAUGACGGAAGUUGCCUCAUUGGCCUCACUCGAUAAUGAAGCACUCGAUAAUGAAGAUCGUCAGUACUUUUUGCGACGGGAUCGUCGACAGUUCUUCUUCGAUUGCUUCAAUGCGGUAUUGGCCGAAAAUGUUUACAAUAAUAAUAGCCGAAAUCCCAUACCGCCAGAGUUUCGGUUCAUGGUCGAAAACUUCAGUGAUGAACAGUUCGAAUGGCCAAGCAAGGAAAAGUUGGAGAAUGGUUUUCGUUAUUUUGUCAAACAGCACAUCGCAAAUACGAAAACUGGUCUUAUCACUUGGUGUGAAGAUCGACUUGAGUCAUUCUUUCGAAUGUGAUGCUGGUAUCGCAAUCACAACAUCUAUGGACCGAGAUUUGAUGGCAUCGACAUCAGAAAUGCCAAAAUGUUAGCAUAUCGAUCCAACGACUUGACAAAUGGUAAUGUGGAAAGAAUAGAAAAGGCCAACAUUUUAUUGGAUGAUCUGGUUGCAAUUGGAUGUCGACGCGAAAGAUGCAUAAUUUUUUUUGGUAAAAGAUCAUUGGUUUGAAUCGUUGUGGUUGUUCGGACAAAUGCAACGUCAAAUAGCAGCUUAUCACAGUGAUGCCGCACAAUGGAAUAACAUUCAUGUAAUAUUUCGUGACAAUCCGAACUUUCAACAGCGAACAAACAAUCGCCCACGGAAAAUAAACGGGUUUGCUCUUAUACCGCCAUGCGAUUAUCAUUUGAAGUGCGUGUGAUUGGAUAUGAGAGAUUUGUACGAAAAAUUGGCAAGCAAGCUAAAAGUGGUGCCCAGUUCCCUGAAUACUGAUACCAGACGGCUAAACAAAUACCCUGAAAAAUACUACAAAGAUCAUGAUCGGUACUGUACACCAAACCAGAGCGGGCGUGCAACGAAAAUGUGUAUUUACAGGCAGACAAUUCUUGUGGGCAAGAAAUACGUUAUUGGCAUUAAUCCGAAUGAAAAAACGUGGUUGGCUAUAACGCGUUGCAACAUCCCGAAAACACCUGAUGAACCGGCCGUUGAGGAAAACAUCACAAUACCAAACACGCGAUUCUACUGGGGAACUCGGCAGAAACGAAGAGAAAAAGAGGCGAAUAAAUUGGCUGGAUGGUUUGAUAUCGAGGAAAAGAAUCAUCUGAAGUCAUAUCCAUUCAGUCCACCAUCACCACGUAACUCAACAUGGCAAUGGUACAUUGAGUAUCGUAUCAAAAUGCUACGAAAAGGAAUGUCAGCAUAUGCAACGCGUAAAUAUUCACGAUUGGAUUUGGAUCAUUACAUUAAGUCGAACUACGUAAAGUAUAAAAUCGCCGUGACAGUGACCAACAACAUGCCGUCAAUGAUUAUCUUCGGUGCAUCGGAGAUGGCACCCAAUCAGACAUUUGGCGUGAAGAAACGUAAAAGAUGUCCAGGAUCGCGAAAAUUUUUGGUGAGCGUUAAGAAACUGUAGUGGGAAGUGAGGGAGAUUUAUAUAACUAACUUAAUCCCACUAUUGGUGGAGUCUAAAAGAUACAUUUUAUUGAAAGAAACUGAAUAUGUAUUUAUUUGAAGAAG